UCCGCAGGAAGAAGGAAGCGGCGGCGCCUUAGCCUCCUGGCGUUCCCUCUCCGCCUCCCAGAACCGCCGGCCGCCACUAUGUCCGCCUCGGCCGUCUUCAUCCUCGACGUCAAGGGCAAGCCCCUGAUCAGCCGGAACUAUAAGGGCGAUGUGGCCAUGAGCGAGAUUGAGCAUUUCAUGCCGCUGCUCAUGCAGCGGGAGGAGGAGGGGGCGCUGGCCCCACUACUGAGCCACGGCAGGGUGCACUUCCUGUGGAUCAAGCACAGCAACCUCUACUUGGUGGCCACCACGCUGAAGAACUCCAACGCCUCCCUGGUAUACUCCUUCCUCUACAAGACGGUGGAGGUAUUCUCAGAAUACUUCAAGGAGCUGGAGGAGGAGAGUAUUCGAGACAACUUUGUCAUUGUCUAUGAGCUAUUGGAUGAGCUCAUGGACUUUGGCUUCCCACAGACCACUGACAGCAAGAUCCUGCAGGAGUACAUCACCCAGCAGGGUAACAAGCUGGAGACAGGCAAGUCUCGAGUGCCACCCACCGUCACCAAUGCAGUGUCCUGGCGCUCUGAGGGCAUCAAAUAUAAGAAAAAUGAAGUCUUCAUUGAUGUCAUAGAGUCUGUCAAUCUGCUGGUCAACGCCAAUGGUAGCGUCCUACUGAGCGAGAUUGUGGGCACCAUCAAGCUCAAGGUGUUUCUGUCAGGAAUGCCGGAGCUGCGGCUAGGCCUCAAUGACCGCGUGCUCUUUGAGCUCACUGGCCGCAGCAAGAACAAGUCUGUGGAGCUAGAAGAUGUGAAGUUCCACCAGUGUGUGCGGCUCUCACGCUUCGACAGCGACCGCACCAUCUCCUUCAUCCCGCCUGAUGGUGACUUCGAGCUCAUGUCCUACCGCCUCAGCACUCAGGUCAAGCCACUGAUCUGGAUCGAGUCUGUCAUUGAGAAGUUCUCCCACAGCCGCGUGGAGAUCAUGGUCAAGGCUAAGGGGCAGUUUAAGAAGCAGUCUGUUGCCAACAGCGUGGAGAUCUCUGUACCCGUCCCCAGCGAUGCUGACUCGCCCCGCUUUAAGACCAGUGUGGGCAGUGCCAAGUACAUGCCAGAGAGGAAUGUUGUCAUCUGGAGUAUCAAGUCCUUCCCGGGGGGCAAGGAGUACCUGAUGCGUGCCCACUUUGGCCUCCCCAGCGUGGAGAAGGAGGAGGUGGAGGGCCGGCCUCCCAUCGGGGUCAAGUUUGAGAUUCCCUAUUUCACCGUCUCCGGGAUCCAGGUCCGAUACAUGAAGAUCAUUGAGAAAAGUGGCUAUCAGGCCUUGCCCUGGGUUCGCUAUAUCACUCAGAGUGGCGAUUAUCAGCUUCGUACCAGUUAG